AUGGGGCGGCGGCUGGCGCGGGGGUGGUGCGGCGCGCGCGCGCUGCUGCUGCUGCUGCUGCUGUGGGGCACGCUGGCCGCGCGCUGGUCGCGCUGGCCGCCCUCCCCCGCUCCGCCGCCAGCCGGGCCCCCUCACCCCGACCGAGACCGGCAGUUCACGUCCCUCCCUUUCGCCUACCUAGAGAGGCACAGUAAUUCAACAAAUAAAUUCUACAAGAGGAAAGGCUGCGCGCCGUUGCCUUCCAUGUUCGAACUCGAGUUCUGCAACGUUUACUGGCAGACCCUGCGUUCGAGCCUAGGCGUGUUCCACCUGUACGGCGCCUACCUCGAUAUCCGCGAGGCGUCCGCGAUCGGCCCCGCGGUGCGGCUGCUGGUGGUGCACGACCGCCUGCCGCCGCCGCCGCUGCGCGCGCACUGCCAGCUGUGGUUCGAGGAGCGGCCCGCGCCCGCGGUGGUGCGCGUGCUCGACUACACGUACAUGUGGGUGCCCGGGUGGGGCAACUACAGGGAGGGCGUGCUGCAGCCGUACCUGCUGGCGUGCGCGCUGCCGGCGGACGUGCGUGCGCUGCGCCCCGCCGCCGUCUCGCUGGUGGAGAAGCCGUGCGACCGCGCCACCAACUGCCUGCGCGUGCACUUCGACGAGCCGCCCGACCGCGCGCAGAAGGAGUUCGCCGUCUGCGUCAAGGGGCUCGACUUCCAGCACGAGGACCUGUCCGUGCGCCUCGUGGAGUGGAUCGAGCUCCUGCGGCUGCUCGGCGCCGACAAGGUGUUCUUCUACGAGCUCCAGGUGCACCCCAACAUCAGCAAGGUGCUCGCCUACUACCGCGCGCGCGGCCUCGUCGAGAGCACGCCCAUCACGCUGCCGGGCAGGCAGCCCAACCUGCCGGGCCUGCGGCACGUGUAUAUGAAGAAGAGGAUCACUAUGAAGCGGCAGAUGGAGCUAGUGCCGUAUAAUGACUGUCUCUACAGGAACAUGUACCGGUACCGCUGGAUAACGUUGUUGGACGUCGACGAAGUGAUCGUACCGAGGGAAGAUCUCAACUGGAGCUCGCUUCUGAAACGACAGCCGCCGAGCACCUCCUACUUCGCGCGGAAUGUAUACUAUUUAGAGGAGCCGGGCGGGCUGGAGCUGCGCGCGCCGCGCUACAUGCACAUGCUGCAGCGCGUGCACCGCGCGCGCCGCCUCUCCUCGCGGGGAUGCAACGUGAAGGCCUUCCACAAGACGGCGCGCGUGCUGGCGCUGCACAACCACUACCCGCUGGCGUGCGUCGACGGGCGCUGCAGCGUGCGCGACCUGCGCAGCGAGCAGGCGCUGCUGCACCACUACAGCGCGCAGUACUCGCGCAAGCAGCGCUGGGCGAGCGCCGACACGCGCGCGGCGCCGGUGCGCGACGCGGCGCUGUGGCGCUGGGCGCGGCGACUGGUGCCGCGCGUGCGCCGCGCGCUGGCCGCGCUGGCGCUGCUGCCCGAAGACGAACCCCAGCACGAACCCACCGCCAACACCACUACCUCCACAUUACAUAUUGUUGUGCUAGCGCGGUAGUUUAGGGGCCACUAUCACCUACCGUG